AUGAAGGCUCUUAGGGUGCUUUUGCCGUGCCUGGUGCUGUUGCUCCCCUCUGCAGCACUCCCAAGAAAGGGCAGCACAGAGGAAAGGAACCGGCUGGAGCUGGGACUUGAAGCAGAGGAGGGAAAGAGAGAAAACACCAGUUUCCAGGAAAAAGUGAGACCCAUCUCGGCAGCAAGAUCAAGGAUGGCUGCUAAUCCUCGCCUCUUUUCUAAGCCCGACCCAGGAGCGAAAUGCUUCCAGGGACCGGCUGAGGACGGGGGCAUCGCCUGGUCCCACUCUAGCCUGCACCCGUGGCCUCUCGGGGGGCUGGAAGGGCCCGUGUGCAGGGUGAAAAUGGGCCAGGACGGGCUGACCCCGAGGCACCUGGAAGUCGUGGGUGUUCUCACCCACUACGAAAGCAGCUUCAUCAAGCUGUUGAGACAACGAACCAGCUGGGAUGAAAGCCUUCUCCCAACCUUGGGGCUCUGCCCGGCCGGGGAGGCGGGUGCUGCUCUCCAUCCCCUGCAGCACAUCCACGCGCACCUGGUGGAGCCGGGGCAGGACCGAGUCCUCGUGCUGCAUCUGGAGGAAGUGAGGUGGGGGGCCCAGGCCAAGCUGCGGUUCAAGCUGGUUUUCCGGGCAGAGGUGGGGCGGUCGCUGGGCGAGCUGCGCUCCGCCGUGCUGCUCUUCUACCCGGGCACUGGGCGUCCCCCGCCUCCACGAUGCCUCACCCAUGUCCACGGUGCUCCCGUGUCUUUUGCCUCCGGGCAGAGCCUCUGCCCCACCAGGGACACCCGGUACCUGGUCCUGGGAGCCGCUGCAGCAUCCGUCACCCGCAGCAGCGAGCAGCUCAGCUUCGAGGCUUCCCUGGCCAUCAGGCAUCGCGGGGGGGCAGGUGCCCCCCUGCCCUCCAUGGAGACCCAGCAGCUCCUCUUUGGCUCUGAUGACAAAUGCUUCACCAGGAUGACCCCCGUGCUGCUCCUGCUGGCCAAGGCACGGCAGGAGGAGGAGGAGGUGGCUUUGGCCCCUUCUUCCUACCUCUCUGCCGACGGGGUGGUGGACAUGGCUCCGUACCCGCAGCUCAGCCCACCCCAGGCUGGGACUGAGGACCUGCUGUCCCCCACCGCCCUGAGCCAAACCAACACUUCGACCCCGGCGCCCGGCAGCAGCAGCGAUUUUCUGGGCAUCCUGACCCUGUUCAUCCGCCAGGUCCUGAGCCCCUCCAGCGAGCCCCCCCCCCAGCCCAGCUCCCACCACUGGCUGGACUUCCAGGUGAUGGAGACCCUCCCUCACCAGCUGCUCAACCUGUCGGAGGAGGCAGCCCUGGAGCGUCUGGUGCAGUCAGAGGAGCCCUCGGUGCUGCUUUUCCCCCAGGACAGCGGAGCUGUGCUGGAGCAGCACUUGGGGGGUUGGCAGCCGGAGGAGACCGUGCUGCAGCUGCUGAUGGGCAAGCUGCAGGCGGUGAUCCAGGAGCUGAAGGACAUCCCAGCUUUCCAAGCCAACAUGGGGCUUUUCCAGCGUCUUCUGAGCUUCUGCUACUACCCGCCGGGGCCGGGUGGGGGUCAAGCCGGCGAGCGGACGCCCGGCUCUGGGAAGAUGCACACGCUGCUGCUGCUGAAGGCGCUGCAGACGGUGCGGGCGCGCUGGCAGGAGCGGAGGAAGGUGCUGCGGCAGAACCGCAGCGCGCGGCACCAGGCCCACUGCCGCCUGCAGGAGCUGACCAUCGACCUGCACGACCGCAAGUUCAUCGUCAUGCCCACUGUCUACACGGCCAACAACUGCGAGGGUCCCUGCAAGCUGCCCCUCUCCACCCGCAUCCCCAGCUACUACUCGCACACGGUGCUGCUGCUGGGCAUGCAGGAGCGGGGCUCGCCCCUCCAGCGGGCUCCCUGCUGCGUGCCCGUCCGCUACUCGGACCAGCUCAUCAUCAGCCUCUCCACGGAGGGGCUGGAGGUCCGCAAGUUCCCCAACAUGGUGGCAGAGGAGUGUGGCUGUCGGUAG